UAAAAUGGCAAGUUAUUUUCCAACAGAGAAAGAACUCAUUAACUGCCCUAUCACUGGAGAGCUCCGAAUUGGUAAAAAUCUCGAUAUUUAUGGCAAAAGUGGAGGUGCUGCAGGGACAAGAAUUAACUUCAACCAUAAUGAAUUUAAGAAAAGACUAGGAGAUACUGCUCUGACUUUCAAUUCCGCAUGUGAAGGACAGAACAGAGUUAGGGAAUAUCUGACUAGAUCAGGUGUAUUUCACCCAAAAUUAUAUAAUAACAGUGCUAUUCCUAUCCUAGGAGACGAUGGAUCAAGCUAUGGAAGGGUCUCAGAAGAGAGGAUGGCAAAAUAGCGGAACUAGAAGGUCACUCUCCAACCACAAAGCCAACAACUCUUCUUUCGGCUUGAUAGAAAAAGACUACCAAAGCCUACGUGAAACAUUUGAUCGAAACAGUAAUCUGUUAAGAGAGAAAAGAAAAGCAAAAGAGCCUAGCAAAUAUGGAGAAUUCUUUUCUCAAGAACCUUCAUACAGAAGCUCUCAUGAUGUAUACCAAGACAAUGAGCCUAAAUUCCAGAGAUCAUCAAACAGAUUUACUCUGAAAGACUCUCAAGCCAAGCCUAAAUUUGAGCAUAACUUAUUGCUACCCACAAGGAAUGCUAGAGAAUUUAAGAAGCUUCUCAGUGGUAGUAAGAACAAGUUUGUGGAAAUGAUGAAAAACAAGCACAGACUUGACACUAUAGCAUUCAAACCUGCUAGAAAUACCUUAACUGUCAGGCCUAUGGCUGAAGAAAUUUUAAGUAAAGGAGGAAGAUAUAAGCAAAAUAAUGAAAGAUCAGCUCAAAAGCCACGAAUUUCGAGGAAAAUGAUCCAAGAUAGUGCUUAUUUGAAUGAUAGAGUCCCUUUAGUUAGUCCUGAAAGGCCUAAUAAUUUGUAUAAAUCCCAUUUCAAGACAAUAGAAAGUCCAAUGGCUCCAAUAAACACUCAAAAGAGUAUCAAAUCUUUAUCUAAAAAUGCUUCUCCUUUACACAAAUCAACUCUGCCUGCCCAAAUAAAAUCCCAAAAAGGACUUAAAAAUGCUUACAAAACUUCAAAUUUCCCUAGAAAAAUGGCUAAAAACCUAACCAUGCCAGCUGUAAGAAACAAGCCAGUUCAGAAAUCUCCUGAUAGAAUGCAUACCAUUAACCAAGACCAGACAUCCCUUCAGAACACGACUAAUUUCCCUGAAACCAUGGCCUCAGGCACGGCUUAUCCCAAGAGAACUACUCUAAGAGCUGCAGAAAAGAAUGUUCAGAAGCAAGCUAAGAUCGCCUCUGAUCACUCUAAGGCCAAUAUCGCCUCCAAAACAAUGACGAAAUCCUCAAAACCACUCUCAAUUGGGUCAAAAAAUACAAUGGCGAAAGACCAAGCUCUUAUCAACUAGACUGAACCAACUAAAAGGCCUUUCCAGUGCUGAAAACUCUAAAAAAUUACAUUAGAGACACAUUUAAGGUUUUUCAAU